UGUUAAUUUUGGGAAAAUCCGAAAAGUAAUUCCGGGUCAUAAUCGAAAAGCAAGACAACAAACAUCAUAGGUUUAUCAAGGGUUUUACGUUCAUGGCGGCUACUGCUACUCACCACUAACCCUUCCAUUCCCAGAUCUUCCAAAACCUCAAAUUUCUUCGUCAAAAUCAAUUCUUUUUCUCAUGUCACAAACACCUUUCUCUCACAACUGAAUUCUCCAUUCCUCGCUUUCAUCACCAACAAAAUGUUGUCCAAAUUAGCCAAACGCGCUUCCUCAAAAAAGUUCAACUUAUCCUCCUCACAAUCCAUCUCAAUUUCACGUUCUUCUACUUCACACAGAUUUUCUCACCAUAACAAUUUGCCCGAGAAAAUCUCGCCCCAAAGGAACCCGUUUUUGUGUUUCAGUCAAGUUGGUAUUUUUACUUCAGCAAACAAACUGGGUCGAUCUGAAUUUACGUUUUCUGAACACCCUUUUAGUUUUUCUUCAACGAUAUUGAAUCAUAUUAGAAGUUACGGUAGUGUUGCUGAAGCUAUCGAAUCGACUGAUACAGAAGAAGAUGAUUGUUCAGGUUCAGGUUCAGGUUCAGAAGAAGUUCAGGAAUUGUUAGAACAAAUGGUGAAAGAAGAGAAAGAAGAGAAGAAAAAGCCUCUAGAGAUGAAAAAGAACAAGAACAAUAGUUACAAGUAUAAAAUGCUUAGGAGGAGACAGGUGAAGAUUGAGACUGAGGCAUGGGAGGAAGCGGCGAGAGAGUAUCAGGAAUUGUUGGAAGACAUGCGCGAACAGAAGCUAUCGCCGAAUUUGCCUUACAUGAAGUCAUUGUUUCUCGGUUGGUUUGAGCCUUUGAAGAAUGCGAUUGUGGCUGAUCAAGAGCUUUGUAAAGAUAGUAAGACUAGGUUGAGUCAUUCGCCUUUUUUCAAUGAGUUGCCUGCUGAUAUGAUGGCUGUUAUCACUAUGCAUAAGUUGAUGGGGCUGUUGAUGACUAAUAGUAAUGGGGUUGGUAGUGCUAGAGUCAUUCAAGCUGCUUGUCAAAUAGGUGAAGCCAUUGAACAUGAGGGUAGGAUAUACCGAUUUAUGGAAAAGUCAAAGGCGAAGAAAACAGCCACUGACAAGUCUGAUAAUGAAUCUGUUCCCGAACCUGUAAAAAGUGACAACCUGACAGCGGAAGAAAAAGAAAAACUUGAUAAAGAGGAGAAAAGAAUUAGGAAAAAAGUUGCUAGUUUAAUAAAAAAGCAGAAGAAGCAACAAGCAAUGGGGAUAGUUCGGGGAAGAGAUCAAGCAAAACCUUGGGGACAGGAAGCUCAAGUAAAGGUUGGCUCUCGUUUAAUGCAACUGUUAAUAGAAACAGCCUACUUACAACCACCUGCCAAUCAAUUCGGAGAUGGUGGUCCUCCAGAUAUUUACCCCGCAUUUAAGCAUACCCUCAAGACAAUUUCUGGUGAUUCAAGCAACGGAAGUAGGAGAUAUGGCGUUAUUGAAUGUGAUCCUAUGAUACAGAAGGGCCUUGAAAAGACUGCCAGGCACAUGGUUAUCCCCUACAUGCCAAUGUUGGUUCCACCGAAUCUCUGGACAGGGUAUGACAAAGGAGCAUACUUGUUUUUGCCGUCAUACGUAAUGAGAAUACAUGGAGCAAAGCAGCAACGUGAAGCUGUAAAAAGGGCUCCCAAGAAUCAACUUGACCCUAUUUUUGAGGCACUUAACACUCUCGGUGAUACCAAAUGGAGGGUAAACAAAAGUGUACUCGGCGUGAUAGAUCAAAUAUGGGCUAACGGAGGCCGUCUGGCUGACUUGGUGGAUCGUGAUGAUCUGCCCCUCCCAGAGGAACCAGACACCGAAGAUGAAGCAGAAAUCCGAAAAUGGAAGUGGAAAGUUAAAGCCGUCAAAAAAGAUAAUAAUGAGAGACAUUCACAGCGAUGUGAUAUAGAACUUAAACUGGCUGUUGCGCGAAAGAUGAAAGAAGAAGAAGGCUUCUACUAUCCUCACAAUCUUGAUUUCCGAGGGCGUGCUUAUCCAAUGCACCCAUAUUUGAACCAUCUUGGUUCUGAUCUAUGUCGAGGCAUACUUGAGUUUGCAGAGGGACGCCCUCUAGGGAAAUCAGGCUUACAAUGGUUGAAAAUACAUCUGGCGAAUUUGUAUGCUGGUGGUGUGGACAAGUUAAGUUAUGAUGGUCGAAUAGCAUUUACUGAGGGCCACCUGGAUGAUAUUUUUGAUUCCGCAGACAGGCCUCUUGAAGGAAAGCGGUGGUGGUUGCAAGCAGAGGAUCCUUUUCAGUGCUUGGCAGCAUGUAUCAAUCUUUCUGAAGCAUUGAGAAGCCCUACUCCCGAGUCUACCCUUUCUCAUAUGCCUGUACAUCAGGAUGGUUCAUGCAAUGGCUUACAACACUACGCAGCACUUGGGAGGGACAAGUUGGGAGCUGCUGCAGUCAAUCUUGUUGGUGGAGACCAGCCUGCUGAUGUUUACUCGGGAAUUGCAGCCAGAGUGCUUGAAAUCAUGAAAACCGAUGCACUGAAAGAUCCCAAAACUUUUCCUCAUGCAUUGCAUGCUAGGCGUUUGAUCAGCCAGGUGGACCGAAAGUUGGUGAAGCAGACAGUGAUGACGUCGGUGUAUGGAGUGACUUAUGUUGGGGCCCGGGACCAAAUUAAGAGAAGGCUUAAAGAGCGCUGUGCGAUUGAGGAUGAUUCAGAGCUGUUUGCUGCUGCUUGCUAUGCUGCAAAAACCACUCUCACCGCCUUAGAAGAGAUGUUCGAGGCUGCAAGAAGUAUUAUGAAUUGGCUAGGUGAAUGUGCAAAGGUGAUAGCUUGCACGAAUCAAGCAGUGCGAUGGGUUACUCCCCUUGGGCUACCUGUAGUACAACCUUACCGAGAAAUAGGGAGACAUCUGAUCAAGACAUCGCUUCAGGUAUUGACAUUACAGCGGGAGACGGACAAGGUCAUGGUAAAAAGGCAGAGAACAGCUUUCCCUCCAAAUUUUGUUCAUUCUCUUGAUGGUUCUCAUAUGAUGAUGACGGCCGUAGCUUGUAAACAAGCAGGGAUGAACUUUGCAGGGGUUCAUGACUCUUAUUGGACACAUGCGUGCGAUGUUGAUGAAAUGAACAGGAUCCUGAGGGAAAAGUUUGUUGAACUCUACGAUGCUCCGAUCUUAGAAAAUUUGUUGGAGAAUUUCGAAAAGACUUUUCCCACAUUGAAGUUUCCUCCUUUACCGGAACGAGGAGACUUCGAUCUUCAAGAAGUUUUGAAGUCUCCCUAUUUCUUCAACUAGACUACACAAAAAUCUCAUGCUGCUUAUCUAGUGGAGUUAAAUCCAAUAUAACGAAGUUUGUAAGAUAUCUAUCUACUUUUGCAUGGAAUUGCAAAAUCUCCAAGAACAAACAUUGCAACAAAUUAGAGUCCAAAGCAAGAUUUCUUGGUUAGAACUGCAAUGUUUUUCCAAAGACAUCAUAAAAAAAUAAGAAGAAAUCUUGUGAUUGAAAAGAAAGAGGGCCAUGCAUAUGUCACUCUACAAGUUGCAAAGUAAGAAGGUUCAGCAUAUAUACAGCAGCCAACCUGUUUUAGUCCAUGGUUGGUGCACAACACAUACUAAUUAAAAAGAUGGAAGCACUGGUGGUAUCUAUAUAAGGUGAUUUUCUCAGAUUAGUGGACACUAGCUUUUAAAAAAAGCAGCCAAAUUUGGGUUUUGCUUUUUGUAUACAUUGUAUUUUAUUUCAUUCUUUUUGGUUUCUUGAGAGGGAAAUGGAAGCACAUGCAGCAUUUUUUUUUUGUCAUGGUUAGUGUAAUAGUUCUCAAACUUGUUCCAUUAUUUGAAAUAACCUAUAUUUAAUGUAAAUAAUAUCAAUAAAAAUGUUACUACAUGAAGUUUUCAUAUUA